AUGGCCAACGGGUCUGAGGUCAACGGUUCAGAGAUGGUCAACCAGGGCUCUCACAGUGUUGAUCCUGUGCUACAGCCAGAGCACCAACACCAGCACGCACACCAUCACCACACGGUCUUCGCUGAGCAAGGACACCAGGAGGACGUGAUUUACUCCCACGACGCGUCAAUGGAGAAAGGCAUCGUACCCGAGCCAAGUGCCUUGGACUACACCAUCAAAAGCUUAAGUCAAAGCGAGGACGAGGAAGCUGGAGACUCGCAGCCUACGGCACGAGCAUGGCACCGACGCAUCACCAAACACUGGCGCCCAAUUGCGCAUGCCAUCGUCUGGCUGCUGUUCACCGGCUGGUGGAUCGCCAGCCUGGUUCUACAUCGCCAUGAUAAGAACUGGAUUAUUCCCUUUUUGCUCUACCUCGCCAUCACGUUGCGCAUAAUCUUCUUCUACGUGCCCAUCUCAAUCAUCACGAAGCCCAUGUACUUCAUCUGGGCUCGUACAGCACGACCCAUUGUCGCCAUCAUCCCCGAGAAACUAAGAUUGCCAGCCGGUGCCCUUGUGACCAUCGGGACAAUCUUAAUUGGUUCAUUCGCGUCUCCCACCAGCGCUUCGAAUAACCGUGCAGACCGUGCAGUCAGUCUAUUCGGUCUAGCCGUCUUCCUGGCUCUCCUAUAUGCUACCUCGCGAAACCGCAAGAAGAUCGUAUGGCACACUGUUAUCGUGGGCAUGCUCGUUCAAUUCCUCAUCGCACUCUUCGUGCUGCGCAGCGGAGCGGGUUACGACAUCUUCAAUUUCGUCGCUACGCUCGCCCGUGAUCUGUUAGGCUUCGCCUCGGAUGGAGUCAUCUUUCUCACAGCCAAAGACUUCUAUAACAUGACUUCCCCUAUCGAUCCGAGUGCCUGGUUCCUUGUCAGUACCAUCCCGGCAAUCAUCUUCUUCGUCUCCGUCGUCCAACUAUUCUACUAUAUCGGUGUUCUUCAAUGGUUUGUCGUCAAAUUUGCCAAGUUCUUCUUCUGGACUAUGCGUGUCUCUGGUGCCGAGGCUGUCGUCGCUGCUGCAUCCCCAUUCAUCGGCCAGGGUGAAUCAGCUAUGCUGAUCCGUCCUUUCGUCCCACAUCUCACAAUGGCUGAGUUGCACCAGGUUAUGACAUCCGGCUUCGCGACUAUCGCGGGUAGUGUGCUCAUCGCAUACAUUGCUAUGGGCGUUAGCUCCCAGGCCCUCGUCUCAUCUUGUGUCAUGAGUAUUCCCGCUUCACUUGCUUGUUCGAAGCUGCGCUGGCCCGAAGAGGAAGAGAGCUUGACAACGGGCCAAGUUGUCGUGCCCGAUACCGAGGAACACAAGGCUUCGAAUGCACUGCACGCUUUCUCUACUGGUGCCUGGCUUGGUCUUAAGAUCGCUGCUAUGAUGGGUGCUACUCUUCUUUGUAUUAUCUCCCUCAUCGGUCUGGCUAACGGCCUUUUGACAUGGUGGGGUCGGUACUUGAACAUCGAUAACCCGCCUUUGACCCUCGAGUUAAUUCUCGGUUAUCUCUGCUACCCGGUUGCGUUCUUGCUCGGCGUCUCGCGUGAUAAUGAUGACUUACUGAAGGUCGGCCAGCUGAUUGGCCUUAAGAUCAUCUCUAACGAGUUCGUCGCUUAUCAAGACCUCCAAAACGAUGCUACUUAUAGCACCCUUUCUGAGCGCUCCCGUCUUAUCGUUACCUAUGCCCUCUGCGGAUUUGCCAAUAUCGGCUCGCUGGGUAACCAGAUCGGUGUGCUUUCGCAGAUUUCCCCCGGACGCAGUGGAGAUAUCUCGCGUGUUGCCUUUAGUGCGAUGGUCACUGGUGCUCUGAGUACUUUCACCAGUGCAGCUAUCGCGGGUAUGCUUAUUACCAAUGAGAAGAUGUAUACUAACUAG